GGUAUUUGCAGUGUAGAAUUCUCUCAUAACAAACUUUUUUUUUUUUUUUUUGGCUGAGGCAAUUGGGUGAAAUCACACAGCUAGGAAGUGUUAAGUGUCUGAGACCGGAUUGGAACUGCAGGGUUGGCACUCUAUUAUAACAAACAUUUUGUCUAUGGUUGAAAUGUAUUUUGAACUUUAAUGUAAUCCUGUGCAUUUUUUUCUUUGUUAAAGCUCAGCUGACUUGUCUACAAAUCCCACGAAGGAGCUCAUGCUGUGUGGAACCUCCUUUGAAUGAUAUAAGAGACGUUGUCUUGUUGAAUGGCUUUGAACAAUCAAACACUAGUGACAGAGUUUGUUCUACAAGGUUUUUCAGAGACACCUCAACUCCAGAUAUUCUUGUUUAUCAUCUUUCUUUUUCUUUAUCUCACAGCCCUCACAGGUAAUAUUCUAAUUGUCAUGGCCAUCAGUUUGGACUCAGGUCUCCAUACACCGAUGUAUUUUUUCCUUGCCAAUUUGGCUAUUUUAGAUAUAGGCUGCACAUCCACAGUUUUGCCCAAAUUGCUGGAGAACCUUAUUGUGGGGAAGAAAUCCAUCUCCUAUGAUGGCUGCAUGACCCAGCUAUAUUUCCUUACUUGUUUUUUGGGGACUGAGCUUCUACUUUUCACAGCUAUGGCUUAUGACAGAUAUGUGGCCAUCUGCCAUCCCCUACAUUACAGCACUAUGAUGAGUAGGAUGGUUUGUAUGUUUUUAGUGAACAGUGUGUGGGGCAUUGGUGCCCUCAGUUCAUUGUUACACACUGGUCUAAUGCUGAGAUUAACCUUUUGUGGUCCUAACGAGAUUAAGCACUUCCUCUGUGAAAUCCCCUCAUUGUUGUUGCUCUCCUGUAGCUCCACAUAUCUGAACAACAUCAUGAUAGUUAUUGCAGAUGUGUACUUUGGGGUGAUUAAUUUUGUGCUCACUAUGGUAUCUUAUGGCUUUAUCAUCUCCAACAUCCUAAAGAUCCGCACCACAGAGGGCAAGAAAAAAGCCUUCUCUACCUGUUCCUCUCACCUUAUGGUUGUCAGCAUGUAUUAUACCACAAUUAUAUAUACUUACAUUUUUCCAGGUUCUGGAUCUUCAAUGGACAACGGAAAAGUGGUAGCUCUACUGUACACCACAGUUGGCCCCACAUUGAACCCUCUUAUAUAUACUCUGAGGAAUAAGGAUUUUAAAACUGCCCUCAAGAAAAUGUUUCCAUUCAUUCAUUAA